UGUGGACGCGUUUGUCUCCCAAAGGGUGAUCGAGCUCUGAAAGCAUUCCAACAUGGGACAAGAAGAAAGUCAUUCGGAGGAGAUGGACCUGGCUCAGAUUCAGGACCUGUGCAUCAUUUUCAUGAGGGAGUGUCCGAGCGGAGCUUUACACCUGCACGAAUUCAAGAGGAUAUUUGGCAUUCAGAGCACGUCGGAGGAGGAGUCGCUUUAUAUCGAGACCGUAUUCCAUUCCUUUGACACCAACAACGACAACACGCUGGACUUCAUGGAGUACAUUGCUGCGCUUCACCUCAUUCUGCGUGGGAACCUUGAAGACAGACUCAAGUGGUCCUUCAAGAUGUACGACAAAGAUGGCAAUGGCCUGUUGGAUCGGCAGGAGGUGAAGCGGAUCAUCAGGAUUCUUUACAAAAUAAAGCUCCAAAAAAGUCCUGUAAGUCUGACGCCCUCCGAAAUCUGUGACAGACUCUUCGACCUGGUCGACGAAAAUCACGAUGGUCAGAUAUCAUUGUCCGAGUUCAUGGAGGGAGCCAAGAAGGACGAGUGGGUGAUGAACCUCCUGAAGCUGGACGUCAACGCCAGGGGCUGGGUCAUCCAGAACUGUGGGAAACUGCCAUGACCCCAUGAUGAUCGUGGGUACACAGCCCACUGGCUUUUCUUUAGAGGCAACUUUGCUUCAGUCUUCACACCUCAGGGUCAGAGGCGUUUGUCUCCGUUUUGGAGCUUCAUUGGAUUUGAAGCUGGAGAGCAGCGCCUUCCUCUUGGACUCACCAGGAAUUUAACAGCUGGUCCAGACGUUGGCAUUGUCGAAUGAUGUGAAGAGAUUUUUGUACUUUUGCUCUUUCUCAGGGAACUUAAACAUAUUCUGUAGUCAUAUUCAUGUUAGCCAUAGCUAGUGAUGGGUUGAUGAGACCUCAUGAAACAGCGUCUUCAUUUUCAGACCUCCGUAGGUGUUGUUCAAAGCCAAAGAUUUCACAGUGCCAUCUAGUGGCCUGUGGAAGUUAGGAAGUCAUUUCAUGAAAUCUCAUCAACCUCCAGUAAUAGCUAUUAAAAGCAUUAUCCCUAUCUUUACCAGCAACUGGUGAUGGGUCGGUGAGGUUUCACGAAACAGUGUCCUGAUUUUCAGAGGCCACCAGAUGGCACUGUCUGCUGUAAAAUGUUUGGACUUGAACAACUAAUGCAAUGAAACCAAGAGCGCCAUUGAGAUGCCUCUGAAAAUUAGCAAACUGUUUAAUCAACCCGGCAUACUGUUUCAUGAAACUUCAUGAACCCAUCACUGCCGGCAAUAUAUCUUACUAACUAUUUAACUAAUUAUUUAAUGAAGCGAAUAAAACAUUUAAUCAGAUAUCUAAGUCAUAAUUCGGAAAUCGGGUGUUGAUGUCGUCAUACAUGUUUAUACAGUUGAGAUUCAACUAUUCAGAUAAAGAGUUGGGAAACUAUAAGAGCUACACUGAAAACAUCUUUGAACAUGGCCUUCGGUCUUCAUUUGAAUAAGAACUUGACUACUUGGUUACCUGAUUAAUUCAUGUUUGAAUGCUGAAUCCAAACUGAAUACAUUUCUGUCCGUAAGUUUCGCAAUAACAUGAAACUGAAAAAUCAAUCAGUUGCUUUACAAAAUGAACUUAAGUGAAUAUUGGCGAAUACAAUGAUAAGGUUAGCAAACACUGUCACAUCUUCAAAGGAAAGAAAAAACAAAAACAAGUAGAGUUUGAGGAAGGAAAUGCGUUCAUGAUUCAAUCAACAAAAAAUAAGUUCAUAUCAAAUGAACAAUUAUUUACUUAUAUCAGGUCAAAUUGACAUUGCAAUUUAACAAACACUGGGAGAAAAUAAAUACAAUUGAACAGAAAAUGUGGCAGUAAAUUGGCUCUUUGUGACACAAACAGUUCAUUUUAGUUGAAAAAAAGAGGAUUUAUUCAAAGUGAAAUGUAAUAAUUGUUUAAAAAAAAAAGAAUGUUUUAAUACACAAAAGACAAGGUGUUCAUUGACCCAUGUUCUGGAUGUGUAUUAAGAUCAAAACACCAAAUACAUUGUGUCAACAUUGGACACUUUGGAGCUAGCUGGGUUCACCCUGCAUUUCAUGUUAAAUCUAGUGACGGGGAGAUGAGGUGUCAUGACACGGUAUUGAGAGGUUGAUGAGGUUUCAUGAAGCAGUGUCCUGAUAUUCAGAGGCCACCAGAUGGGGCUGUCUGCUGUAAAAUGUUUGAACUUGAAGAACUAUAUAAUUCAAUGAAACCUCACAUCAUUUCUAAACUAAGAGUGCCACCUAGUGCCCUCUGAGAAUAAGGACACUGUUCACCAACCCUGCAAUACGGUUUCAUGAUGCCUCAUUUACGAGUUGCAUCCGUUGAACAUGUAUCAUCUUUGCCAAAUCAAACUCCAUUGUAAUACAUAUGAUGGUUUUAUGCUCUUGAAUAGUGCUAUAAUACUGUGGUUACUUAAGUGUACUUGAUGAGAAACUUCCACGCGACAGCUGCGAUCAAGCCAAAUGGUUUAGAAACAUUGUUGGAUUUCAUGAAGUGAAGUUUUAUAUUGUUCAGUUUUGCUCACACAUAUGAAC